UAAUAAAUGAAUCCCCCUCGAUCAUGAAGAAUGAAAAUCCUUUUAAGCUGUGAGUUAAUUGGGAUGGCUUCGCAGAAUUGAGUGCAACUGUGUAACAGGUCAUGUACUUUCUUGUAUUUUACAGGCAAGAUGAAUUUGGAGGAAUACUUCAAAAGAAUUGGUUUCCAUGGCUCUUUUGACAAACCUGAUCUUGCAACGCUGAAGUUGAUCCACAAACUUCAUGUCAUGUCAGUUCCGUUUGAAAACCUCAGUAUUCACUGUGGUGAGAGGAACAUCAUGGACCUUGAGGUAAUUUACAAUAAGAUAGUGAGGAGCAGCCGUGGGGGCUGGUGCCUUGAGAACAACUUCCUGUUUGGCUGGGUGCUGAGAGAAAUGGGCUACGACACUACGAGGCUGGCCUCCAGAGUUUUUAACAGUGGCCUCAAUGAUUUUUACCCCACUGAAACUCAUCUCAUCAACAAGGUUGUCAUUGAUGGAAAGGCUUACAUAACAGAUGUAAGCUUUGGGGUGUCUUCCCAACCGUGGGAGCCCCUGGAGCUCGUCUCUGGAAAGGACCAACCUCAGGCAGCGGGGGUCUUUCGUCUCAUUGAUAAGGGGGACUUCUGGGUGCUGGAGAAGACCGGCAGAAAGCCAGAGGUUCUCAAUCCAGACUUUGCCAAAUCAAGUCUGGUGAACAGAAAGGAAACAAAGCAGAUCUACUGCUUCACCCUGAUACCUCGUGAGGUUGAUCACUUUUUUGAGCCAAGCCAUAUUCUUCAAACAGAUCCUAAUUCGCUGUUCAUCAAUAAGUCCAUCUGCUCUUUGCAAACACCGACAGGAUUCAGAGCCCUUUUUGGUUGGACCUAUAGUGAGGUCACCUACAAACCAGAGGAAGGUGUUGAUGUCUUAGACAUGAGGGACGUAACAGAUGAUGAGAUCGAGCAAAUUCUGAGGGAAAAGUUCAAUAUAAAGCUGCAGAAGAAACUGCAGCCUGUGAACAACAAAGCAAGCUACACACUCUGAAAAACAACACAGUCUGUUUUGAAAUGAACUUUGAAUAAUGUCACAACCUGUGUUGGUUUCUUGACUGACCAGGAAGACCAGGUGGAGGCUUUAAAUAAGCCCCUCUGGGUUUUUUUGGGGCAGUAGCACCGGCCAUAGGGACUUGGCUUGGGACCCGGAGGGUGGCCGGUUCAAGUCCAGCAUGGACCGGAAAAUAUGGAAGGUGGACUGGUAGCUGGAGAGGUGCCAGCCCACCUCCUGGGCACUGCCGAGGUGCCCUUGAACCCCCCCAGCUGCUCACAGGGCGCCGGUCUGGCUGGCUCCCCAUCACUCCACCAUCUCUCUCCACAUUUGCAUGUCUAUGAACCUUGUACUUGUACUGUAUGUGUGUUUGGGGUGUGUAAAUAAAAA